AUGUUGCUUCCAACUGUGGAUAUUGAAACAACAAAUAAUGAUGUUGGCUCACACGUCGAAUCAGUUGAUAUUAACAAUCUAAAAAAGGAACUCGACAGUAUUAUUGUGUCUGGCAAUGAUGUUUCAAGCAUGACGAUAGAUUUAAACAUCACAGAUGAUGUUAUAGGACAAAACUUCCAACCACAUCUCAACAACUUCGACUUUGAAUCGGAAUCAGUACCAGACACUAAUGAUAUCAAUAAAUCUAAUUUAAACAUCACAGACGACGUUACACGACCAAACUUCCAACCACAUCUCAACAACUUCGACUUUGAAUUGGAAUCAGUACCAGACACUGAUGAUAUCAAUAAAUCUAAUUUAAACAUCACAGACGACGUUACACGACCAAACUUCCAACCACAUCUCAACAACAACUUCGACUUUGAAUUGGAAUCAGUACCAGACACUGAUGAUAUCAAUGAAUCUAUUAUUGAAGACAACGUUACGAGCGCAACAACAUUCCAAGAUACUCGUGGCAACAUUGAUAUGGCAAAUAUUUACUCUAAUAAUAAUGAACUUUGCAAUAUUGAAAAUAUUAAAAUUGAAACAACAAUAAUUAAAAAAUGUCAUCACCAGAUACUAUUCUGUCGAUCAGUUAAUGAUGAUAAUAUUGGUACUGAUAACGAUCAAUCCACAUAUUCUGAACUUUGCAAAGUUGAAAAUAUCAAAAUUGAAACAAUAGUAAUUAAUCGGGUACUAUUUGAUCAAUCAGUUGAUGGCGAUAGUGAUGGAACUAAUAACGAUCAAUCCGAAAAUAACAAUUCCCCUGAUCAAUCCAACGAUGGUGACGAAAUUUGGUCGAGAAAGGCAAUUGAAUUAGAGGUUAGAGCAGGUCGUAAUUUAGAUAACGACGAUGAGGAUUGGUUGAAAAGAAAAAUUGAAUUUGAGGCUGAAUUAGAAAGAUUGGAUUAUAACUUAGAUAAUGAUUUAGAUAACGAUGGUACUACUACUAUUUCUAUCGAACAUUCAACAAAUCUAGAUCAAAGCGGUGAAAAUGAUUGGUCGGAAACUGCCGCAGAAUCUGAACCCGAAUUUAAAAAGACAACUUAUAAUAAUUUAGAUAAUGAUGUUACCAAUCUCGUCAGCACUCCUAUUCUUAUCGAACAUUCAACAAAUCUAGAUCAAAGUGGUGAAAAUGAUUGGUGGAAAAUUACUGAAGAAUCUGAACCCGAAUUUAAAAAGACAACUUUUGAUAAUUUAGAUAAUGGUGGUACCAAUUCCGUCAGCAUUCCUAUUCUUAUCGAACAUUCAACAAAUCUAGACGAUGAUGGUUGGGGCUCAAAUGAACAAAAUGAUAAAGAUGAUUGGUUGAAGAUUGCUGCUAAAUUCGAAGCCGAGCUUAAGAAUGCAAGUGAUAAUGAUCCAAGUAUUAAGAAUGUCAAAGGUCAUUGGGGUGCAAAAAAUAAAAGUAAUAGAUUUGAUGGCACCAAAAGAAACAACAAUAAUAAUUAUCGUCAAGAUAAUCACGAUAGAAGAAAUAGCUUUAACAGGAGAAGAUACAAUAACAACUAUAGUCAAGAUAACGACAAUAGAAGAGGUAGUUCUAGCAGCACCAAAAGAAAUUAUAAUAAUAAUUAUAGCCAAGAUGUAAAAGGAGAGAAUAGACAAAUAAAUUUUUGUAGCAAUUGUAAACAAGUAGGUCACCUUACUCGUGAAUGCACACUAAGACCUAGAUUAAAUAAUUGGUGUAAACAUUGUAGAUCAAAGGAACAUAACACUAGAUACUGCAGAAAUACAAAUUUCCGUAAUAACAAUAAUACUAAUUAUACUUAUUUCUAA